AUGGGCAACAUAGCCUCUGAGAAGGGAAGUGACACUGAAGCCAAUGCAGGGCAGGCGAAGCCAGUCUUUCUGGAGGGAGGUUUCAAGGCAUGGAUGGCUGUUGUGGCAUGUUGGUGCGUCAUGUUCAACACCUUUGGGUACAUCAACGCAUUCGGAAUCUACCAGGCAUAUUACAAGAACACAUUUCUCCGCAAUGAAAGCGAGAACAACAUAGCAUGGAUUGGUUCACUCCAGGCCUUCUUCAUGUUCUCUGGCGGCUUGAUUUCUGGGCCAAUGAUGGACCGAUAUGGCCCCAAGGUCAUUCUUGUACCGUGCUCGACAUUAUUUAUCCUCUCGGUCAUGCUCAGCAGUCUCUGCAAAGAAUACUACCAAUUCAUCCUCGCACAAGGCAUACUCGGCGGACUGACUAACGGGCUCUGCUACACUCCAAGUCUGACUGCCGUUAAUCAUUACUUCUUCAAACGUCGACCCCUUGCCAUGGGCAUUGCAUCUAGCGGCUCGUCACUUGCUGGUGUCAUCUUCCCCAUCGCCCUCAGCCGCAUGCUGAACGACACAUCGCUCGGCUUCGGAUGGUCAGUUCGUAUCCUGGGAUUCAUCAUGCUGGUCUUUGCCAUCAUUUCCUGCAUCACGAUCAACACCAACGCCCCGAAGAGAAAGACCGGGUCUCCAUUCGUCCUUGACGCAUGGAAACAUCCCGCAUACACGAUCCAAGUCAUCGGCCUGUUCCUUGUCAUCAUGUGUUUCUUCGUGCCAUCAUUCUACAUUCCCUCUUAUGCCCAGUCCAUCGGCAUCAGUGCCAAUCUGUCCAACUACUUGAUCGCCAUCUUCAACGCGGCGUCAUUCUUUGGCCGGAUCCUCGGCGGGGCAUUUGCCAACCGGCUGGGCCGCUUCAAUGCGCUGAUAGCGUCCUCAGCAGUCUGCGGCGUCCUGAGUCUGACAUGGCUAGCCAUUGACGCGCACGGAAGCAUGAUAGUGUUCUCCGCGCUCUUCGGCUUCUUCUCCGGCAUCUUCAUCGGGCUCUUCACGGCCACGAUCGCCCUGACUGCCCCGCGACCCAAUGUCAUCGGGUCGUAUAUCGGCAUGGCGCUCGGGGUGCUGAGCUUGGCGAGUUUGAUAGGCACCCCCAUCACCGGGGCCAUGAUCAGCCACUACCAUUCCUUCCACCAAGCCAUGAUCUUCGCAGGCGUGUGCGGCUUGGUGGGCGCGGGCCUCAUCAUCAAAGCUCGCGUGCAUUACUCGAAAGAAUGGAUUGCGUAA